AGAACGACGAAGCAUGCGCUAAAUGAUCAUGGAGGUGGACGAUGAACACUCGUGUCAGAAAAGCAGAAAAAACAUGGACAAUGAGAACGAGGACUUUGAUGAUGCUGAAGACAGCGAUCACACCGAAAAUGACAAAAAGGAAGACGAGCUCACGCUGGAUAAUGUGCUGCGUUUGGGCGGGACAAAAGCAGAUUAUGUCAUGCUGGCUGGCAUCAGUGACACUACCGAGCUCGUAAAUGGUGGGAAAAAAGUCAUAAUUGAUGAUCUAGAGGAGGGAGAGCUGGAAGAUUUCAUUAAACAGCUGGGCAUCCGUGCAUACGCAGGACAGCAAAUCAUCCAAGAUGAAGAGGAUGCAGCAUCCUCAGAGCCAACCAAAAAGGAGGGGAAAAAAGCAAAAGGUUCCAAAAUAAAAGAGGAUGCAGCGCCUAAUGUGAAAAAUACAGUUACCCCCUCAACAGAAGUUACGAAGAAGUCUGUUCAGUCUACAAACCUUGCUAAAACCACUGGAAAGAAGGCCAAACAAAAACCCGCAAACCUGUUUGAGUUCAUUCCAAGGCAAUUUCUCCUCAUUAAACCUGGGGGGAAGUGGUUUGAUAUUGAGUACACCUCAGAAGGCACGUCUGUAGGUCAAAGUGAGUCCCUGACCUGUCAGUACAAGGCUUUAGCUCAGAAACUCUACGAGAAUGAAACUGCGCUCUACAAAAGCAAAAAGAACCUUCAGAAAGGUGCCAACUCUGCCUGGAUGAAGACCGUGGUGUCCACAGGAACGAUGACCGAUAGGAUGGCAGCUAUGACCGUGCUAAUUCAAGAUGCUCCAGUUCACAGUCUCGAGCACAUUGAGAGCCUUGUGUCCAUGAUGAAAAAGAAAGGAAGUCGCAGACCUGGACUUAUGGCUUUGGAUACCCUUAAGGAACUGCUGCUUUCUGACCUCCUCCCAAAAACCCGCAAGCUUCGGACUUUCUCCCAGCAUCCGUUUGAUGAGCUGGAGGAAAAAUCCAGUGGCAAUAAGGACACCCGGGACCGCAGGCUAAUUCUCUGGUACUUUGAGCACCAGUUGAAGCUUCAGAUUGCAGAUUUUGUGGUCACUUUGGAUGAACUAGCUCACGAUAUGGUCGAGGCCACCAAAAUGCGAGCGCUUACCACUGCCUAUGAGUUGCUGUGCAACCAGCCAGAGCAGGAGAAAUUGCUUCUUGUACAGAUUGUCAACAAAUUAGGGGAUCCUGAAUACAAAAUUGCCUCAAAAGCCUCAUACUUGUUAGAAACGGUGCUUCACAAACAUCCCAACAUGAAGACGGUGAUCUGCUGUGAGAUAGAGCGCCUCAUGUUCAGAUCCAACAUCAGCACCAAGGCUCAGUAUUAUGCCGCAUGCUUUCUAAAUCAAGUUAUUCUGAGCCACGAAGAAGCAGACUUGGCUGCCAGGCUCAUCACAAUCUACUUCACGUUUUUCAAUGCAUGUGUUAAGAAGAAGAAUAUGGAAUCUAAAAUGCUCAGUGCUCUGCUAACUGGAGUGAACAGAGCAUAUCCGUAUGCAAAGAUUGGGGAUGACAGUGUGUCCAAGCAGCUGGACACACUGUUUAAAGUGGUGCAUGUUGUCAAAUUCAACACUGCUGUCCAAGCCCUUAUGCUGCUCUUUCAAGUCAUGGACUCUCAGCAGACUGUUUCAGAUCGUUAUUAUGUAGCACUCUACAGGAAAUUGUUGGACCCAGGAUUAUUUUCAAGCUCGAGAAAGAGUAUGUUUCUCAACCUCUUGUAUAAAUCUCUCAAAGCUGACGUAGUUCUCAGGCGUGUGAAGGCAUUUGUGAAAAGGCUUCUUCAGGUCAGCUGUGAGCAGACUCCUGAAUUUGUAUGCGGUGCACUUUUCCUUGUGUCGGAAGUGAUGAAGGACAAGCCAGGCCUCAAGUUACUGCUACAAGAACAGGGGGAUGAAGAGGAAGAAUUCUAUCAGGAUCUCGAAGAGGAUCUAGAUGAUGCUGAGGAAACUCUUGUGGAUGCUGAAAAAGACAAAGAAAAAACAUGUGCAAAACAAUGUCAGGUGAAGCCCACGGCAUCAUGGGUACAUCAGCAAAAUUUGGAAGGUGGUGUGAAUAAGGCAAUCUAUGAUCCCAUGAACAGAAACCCUUUAUACUGUGGGGCUGAUCACACAGCCCUCUGGGAACUUCAGAAGCUCUCUCAUCACUUCCAUCCCUCCGUGGCUCUUUUUGCUAAGAGCAUAUUGCAGGGAGAGUUCAUCGUGUACACCGGGGAUCCACUUCAGGACUUUACACUUAUCCGCUUUUUGGAUCGCUUUGUUUUUAGGAAUCCAAAGCAAGCAAAGGGAAAACAAAACACAGAUGCUAUAGUGAUGCAGCCUAAGUGCAGGAGGACAUUCGGUAAUGUACAACCAUUACCUGUUAACAGUGAAGAAUAUCUGGCCAAAGAGGAGAGUCAGAUACCUGUGGAUGAGGUGUUCUUCUACAGGUACUUUAAGAAGCGAGAUGAGGAGAAACGAUGGAAAAAGACUAAACGAAAUGAGGACAACGAAAGUGUGGAGGAUGUCGAUGAUGACGAAUUUGAGAGAGUGCUGGAUACUUAUGAAGGAGACAGCUUUUUCACGGAUUUCAAGGAUGAUGACUUGGACUUUGCAAGCAGUGUGAUGGCUAAGUCUAAGAAAGGUAAAGAUCAAGAAGAAGAUUCUGACGACGACGAUGAUGAUGAUGACCUUGAUGAUGAAGAGGUCUCUCUGGGCAGCAUGGAAGACUUUGAAGAUGAAUGUGAGGACGAAGCUGGAGAGUUUAUGGACGUAGAAGAUGAUGCUGAAGCAGGCGAUCAACAUAAAGAGAAGAAAAAGAAAAGAAAAAUGAAGGACACAGCAGUGUUUGCAUCAGCUGAAGAGUUUGGCUGUCUGUUGGAUGAAAACGCAGGUCUCAAGUUUGAAAACAGUGGCAUGAAUGCGAUGUCCAAUGCAGACAAAGCUGGUGUUAAGCAGCUGAAGUGGGAAGCUCAGCGGAAUGACUGGAUCUGUGGUAGAGAUGUCAAAACACUCCGGCGGAGAAAGGCAAAUUUCAACAAAAACAAGUUUGGAAUGGCCAAAAAACAUAAGAGUGUCAAGAAAAUGAGAAAGUAGAAUAAAGAUAUCUGUUUAUACUCGCGCCUGAUUGGUGGACCAGACUUCUUGAUCUGCUUCAUGGAUGCAAUAGAUCUUGAUGCAUUGACAGUCAUGGUGAUGUACAGGAGAGGAGGAACUGCUUUGCAAUAUUUCUGUAUGAUUGUGGCUCUAGAGUGGUUUAGUCAAUAUUGGCUGUUUUUAAAUUUUCACUGUUUUAUAAUAUCCAGGGUUUGUAUAUGCUUUGGAAAAUGCUUCAUUUCACAUUAUAAAAUGUUUGAAAAUGUUCAUUUUAA